CGUAUAAUUAUACACACACACAAGCGUAGUUGGAAAUAUUGUGGAGGGAUAUAUGCGUAACAAAUAGCUAAGUUUACAAAAACGUGUUCAGACUGGGCAACGACACUUUACCACGGAGACGAAAACUCCAUCGACUGAGGGAGAAAGUAGUGAAGAAGGAGAAACCCCACAACACUGGAGCUAUCAUGGUGGGUGAGCGCCGCAAUGGGAACCUGCUGGUUCAGUUGGGUCCAAAACAGCAGGCCUAUCCAGAAGAGCUGAUCCGGCAGAGGCGCACCCACGAUGGCCAGACAGAGUACCUGAUCCGCUGGAGCCUGCUGGCAGUGGAUGAUGGCACCAGCUUGGGCGGUGGUGGUAAUGAGACAGGUAGUGGGGCUGGUGGCAGCUCAGGCGUGGGUGGCUCCAGUGGCUCCUCGUCGAGCGAGAACAAGACGGAGAACAUCCUGAUGUGGAUGUCCACGGAGGACGUGUACGCCAACUGCCCCACGCUGCUGGGCAAGCGGCCGCUGCUGGAGGAGAAGGCACGGCCCAGUGGCCAGUUCCCAUCUGACGUUGCCUUUAAUGAGGUGGAGCCCGCCUUUGACAUGAAGGGUGAUGUCAAGAACCUUGUUGAGCGUGCAAGGAAGCAAAUGGCUGAGAACAGUGAUUUUGCCAUCAGCCUCACGCACACCAUUCACGUGCUGAGUGCCUAUGCCAGCAUCGGCUCACUGGUGGGAGUCUUCAAGGAAACCGGAGCACUAGACCUGCUAAUGGAACUGCUGUGCAACAAAGAGCAGCAAACCCGCCGCAGUGCUGGAAAGAUGUUACGUGCUCUGGCCUCUCAUGAUGCAGGAAGUCGUGCCUACGUGCUGUUGUCUCUCAGCCAGCAGGAUGGCAUAGAGCAGCACAUGGACUUUGACAACCGCUACACCCUUUUGGAGCUGUUUGCAGAGACUACCUCCUCAGAGGAGCAUGGCAUCUCUUUUGAGGGCAUCCACCUCCCUCAGAUCCCAGGCAAGCUGCUUUUCUCUCUGGUCAAGCGCUAUCUGUGUGUGACCUCGCUGAUGGACAAGCUAAACACUGCAGGGGUGGAAUCCAGCUCUGAGCGGCAGGAUCCCGGACCCUCAUCCUCUUCCUCCACAGCAGGUCAUCAGUCAGAACAGUCACGAGUGCAGCGGGAGUUUGAGUUCACCAUGGCAAUGGCAAACCUUAUCUCAGAGCUGGUGCGUGUCAUGGGCUGGGACCGCAACCGCAACCCGCUCCUCAUCUCCCCCGUGAUGGCGGAUGAGGCUGAAGACGAGGCCAGCAGGCGCACGCUUCGCUCUAUCUUCCAGCCACGCUUCUCUGCUGCCCCUUCCACCGUUGCCGCCACGGCGAUGGUGGUGGCCACCCCGCCCAAGAAGAAAGCGGGGAACGGCUUUAAGACGCGCACUGACCUUCCACACCGUUCCGCCUAUGUGGAAUAUGUGCAGGACAACCUAAAAAGCGGCAUGCAGGUGCGCAUGCUGGAAGACUACGAGGAGGUCAGCGCCGGAGACGAGGGAGAGUUUCGCUACAGCAACGACGGCUCACCGCCUGUCCAGGUAUACUGGAACUCCAUCUCCAGGACGUGGGUGCACUGGCACAUGGUUGAGAUCUUGGGUACUGGGAGCAGUGGACAGGCUGAAGAAACCCAAGAAAAGGCCUCUUCUCUCACAGAGACACUUAAACUCACUGCAGUGAGUCAGACGUUCUUCUCAAAGCCACCAGGUGGCUUGUACUCAUUGCCUUAUCUGAUGGAGGGCCUGCAGGAUGACUCGGGCACCUUCACCCGUGCUGAGUGGUGGGAAGUGCUCUUCUUUAUUAAGAAGCUGGAACUGAAACAGCAGCAGGAGGUCAACAACAUCCUGCGACAAAGCCUUGACGACCAGAUGGUGGAGUUGGACGAGGCCACGCUGAUCCAGCUGACCUUGUCGAGUGAGGUGGCCCGUAAAGUCCUACACAUUCUCAAGGACACGCUGCAAGCCUCCUGUCUGGGUGACCUGCUUUGCUCGCAUACCUUCGCCAAGCACUACCUGCGCCACGGUGGAGCCAGUCUGGAGGACGAGGGGAUGCUAACCGAUGGCUCAGUCAGGUCCUCCGGGCUCGCUGGACAGGGAACCUCAUCGUCAUCUUUGGUUGCUCCUACAACAUCGACGUCCUUAGCCACCUCCUCCACAUUGGGCUCCGUUUCUAAGAAGGCCAAAAAAGAGAUUCCCACAGACAACGGCAGCUGUAGCAGUGAUACAGAGAGUGAGUUGCCAACUGAAGACGAGACCAAGUACCCCGAGGACCUGGAGGAAAGAUGAAGGGCAAGUUUGUUCAAUAACCCGAAGGUGCAGGGCAAAAAGACGGCACUGGAGAAAAUCGGUGAGGUUGUGGACAUGAUGAAAAAGAGCAACUCUGACUCAGGACACCUGCUGGCUGGCAUGAAGUUCAUCUGCAAGGUGCUGGAGGAAGAGGGACCUCAGGAGCGUAGCGCUCUGAGAUCAGACUCAGCACAGACUAUCCGAGACAAAGUCUUAAAGAUGCUGGUGGAGCUGAUUGGAAGCCAGCCAAAGCAGAACGCCAUCUUUGCCCUGCUCCUCACCCGCAGUCUCAUGCUCAAAUAUGACUGGCGGGUUUCCUUUGCUACCGAGGGGGGAGUGAAGGCCGUUCUCUCCUGCAUGCAAGAAUAUCCCACUUGCCAUCGGGUGCAGCAAAUUGCUCUAGCAACUCUAAAGGUGAUCACAGGCGCCAGUAAACAUGAUCUGCGUGGUGUGGGCAGCUGCCUGCCCCUGUCUGAGUCUGGCACUCAGAUGAUGCUAGAGAUCUUUGCCAGCAUUGGCUCAGCAACACCUGAGGGCUCCAAGGGGCUUCUUGGUGCCAUCCCCUCUGCUAUUGAUCUCAUGCUCAACACCCCUGGCUGUGGCCUGUCUGUGCGGAACGGCCUGCUGGUCAUAAUCAUGCUGAUAUCCAAUCACAAGAGCCUGGCAGAGCAGCUGGUGGCCUGUGACGUCACCACUGUGCUCAGAAAGUGCCAUUCUGGCCAGCGCUCAGAGAAUGUGCUGGCUGUACUAGCCCUCAAACUCAUUACAUUGGUUCACCGAUUGGAAAAUAAAGAGUCCAAGGAAGACAUUGACUUAAAGGACAGAGAGCUGAUGAUGUUGGUCGUGGGUCUGAAAGAGAUGACUACCACCAAAGAGGUGAUCCUGGCCCUGGAGCGGCUGCUGUGUGAUGACGCCGCUCAGCUGGAGGAGGAGAGAAGUCAGGUGAUGCAGAGCCGAGACACCUUCCAGGACCUGGUGCGCGUGAUGGACCAGCACAGGGUUGAGCGUGCAAUGCAGCUCCCUAUCCUCAGAAUCUUGAACAAGUUCUUAGACCACUAUCAGGAGGAUCUGCUGCCUUGGCAUGAGAGCAUUGAACCUUGUCUCUCCUCUAUGACAGCCUGUAUUAAUGACAGAGAGACUGUGCAGCAGUUCAUCCAUUUCCUCUAUCGCUUGGCCUCUCUGAACAAAGACUAUGCUGUAGUCAUGUGCCGUCUCGGGACUAAGGAAGCACUUGUCAAAGCUUUGGACAAGCACAGCACCAACCUGCUGAUGGUCACAGAGCUGCGGGAUCUGAUUAAUGACUGUGAGAAGUAUGCCAGCCUUUACAAGAAGAUGACCACCAGUGUGUUGGCUGGAUGCAUACAGAUGGUCUUGGGCCAGAUUGAGGAACAUCGCCGAAGCCAUCAACCCAUUAACAUCCCCUUCUUUGAUGUGUUCUUACGCAAUUUGUGCCAAGGCUCCAGUGUGGAACUGAAAGAAGAUAAAAUGCUGGGAGAAAGUGGAAGUUCCUCCUCGAAUCAUCAUCGAGCUAAUAAGUUAACGGACAGAAACCCCCAAACAUACUGGGAAUACAAUGGGUGCACAGGUUCCCAUUUUAGUAAUAUCUACAUGCACAAGGGCGUGGUCAUUAGGGAGCUAGCAGUGCUGGUAGCCAGUGAGGACUCAAGUUACAUGCCAGCUCGUAUAGUGGUGCUGGGAGGAGAUGAUCCCACGAACAUCAAUACUGAGCUCAAUACUGUGAACGUUCCACCCUCAGCCAGCCGCGUCGUUCUCCUGGAGAACAUGACCCGCUUCUGGUCUCUCAUACAAAUCCGGAUCAAGAGAUGUCAGCAGGGUGGCAUUGACACGCGUGUGCAUGGGUUCGAAGUUCUGGGACCGAAGCCCACAUUCUGGCCCGUGUUUAAGGAGCAGCUAUGCUGCCGGACCUACCUCUUCUACACAACCAAGGCCCACACCUGGUGCCAAGAGAUCCUCAGUGAUGAGAGCCAGCUGCUUCAGCUGUUUAAUAAGCUGAACAGUGCUCUGCGCCAUGAGCAGAUGUUUGCCGAGCGUUUCCUUCCUGAUCCUGAGGCUGCAGAGGCUUUGGGCAGGACCUGCUGGGAGGCUCUCAUCACACCCAUUGUCCAGAGCAUCACUGUGUCUGAGACGUCUGUUCUGAGCCCUCUGGCCUGGUUGCUCAGUGAGUAUUUGGAGAAUGCUGAGUCCUCAAAGCGCUACAAAAGCAGGGCCUCCAUCUUCAACUCCCGCGUGCGCCGCCUCACCCACUUGCUUGUACAUGUGGACACCAGCCAAGCAGACACAGAAGAACUUAAACCUCCUGUCAAAUCCAAAGGUAUCAACAGAAGCAAAGAUGUAAAGAAUGGCAAAGAGGGCAAGAACAAGGAGGCGUCUGCAGGGACCUCCUCUUCCUCCUCAUCUACUGCAAAGCCCAAAGUGAAGAGCACCAGCAGUAUUGCAGGCAUUGCACUGUGCUGGCAGGGUGUUGUUCAGCGGCAGGUAAAGAAGUUCCUGGAUCUGACAUGCAGCCUGCCGGACUUUGUGGAGCGCUACAGGAACAUGUACCUCCAUCUAAAGAAGGCCAUGGAGGAGCUCUUCGGCCAGCAGACAGCCUUUGUGCUGGCCUUGCGCCAGGGGUUUUCCGCAGCACUGCUACAGCUCUCUAUCCUAACCGCCAUGCACGUGAGUGAACGAUUUGCGCAGUACAUAGACCACAUGAUCCAGGAGAGUGGAGUGGACUCUGGGAAUGUGGAGACCUUGAACCAGCUCCAGCAGUUCCUGGAGCCCAUGCUCUUCCUCUCUGGACUGGAGUUGGCCAACACAUUUGAGCACUUUUACAGGUACUACCUGGGCGAUCGUCUGCUGAGCCAGGGGAAGGUCUGGCUGGAGAGUGCGGUGAUUGAGCAGAUUGGCACCUGCUUCCCCAACCGCUUCCCCCAGCAAAUGCUAAGCAACCUGAGCGAGUCUGAGGAACUGCAGCAGGAGUUUCACCUCUACCGGCUGCAGCAGCUGGACAAGAGUCUCCAGGACAUUGAAGAGGAGAUGACUGAUGAGCAGUUGUCGGAGCCAGAGGAGGAGAGCGAGGUGAAGGUGCUGGUUUUGUCUCCACGCUGCUGGGCUGUCUCCGCUCCAUGCUACUUGGAGGACCCCAACAAACUCUUCCCCAAUCAGCUCUGCAGCUACCUGACCGAAUUCACUGACUUCUACUCCAACAGUCAGUGCAUGUACAGCCUCAGUAACAGCAAGCCGCGGCGCUUGCAGUGGACCUGGCUCGGCCAUGCCGAACUGCGUUACGGCUCGUGCACGCUCUACGUCUCCACGCUGCAGAUGUACAUCCUGCUGCAGUUCAAUCAGCAAGAGGAUGUAAGCGUAGAGUAUUUACAGCAGACCACUGGCCUGUCUCCCACUGUGCUCGCCCAUGCCCUCAAACCAUUGACUUCAGAGAAGGGCAUCCUUACCCAGCAUCCAGUGAAUGGUGAACAUAUGACCGGUAUUCUAAGAUUAAAAAAGAAGUCGUUGGCACAGAACUCAGAGAAGCAAAGUUACUGCUACCUGCUGCCCAAGCAGACCUAUCUAAAUGUGGAUGAGGAUGUAGCCUGCACGCUGGAGAGGAAACGAAACUACAUGUACUGCAUUAUUGUGCAGAUCAUGAAGAAUGAGAAGGAGAUGCAUAUUGACAACCUAGUGUUCAAGGUGCUGGAUGCAUGUCAAAAGCAGGAGGCGGGCCACUCCCCCGGCCCUGCCCGCUUCAGCUGCAGCACCGCUGACGUGCUCUCCUGCAUCAUGCACGUCAUCAACAAGGGCUACGUGCGCCGCAAUGAGGACAACCCCCACAUCGUGGAGUUCCUAGUGGAGGAGCCCUCAACACCCCAGAAGGGCCAGGCGCACUUCUUCAGCAAGCUGGACCUGAAGAAAGGCUCUGGCAGUGGCAAGGCUGACAUCAGCCUGGGAAUCCUCACUGUGGCCCCUCGCCGUGCGGAGGAAGGGGUGCUCGAGGCAGUGCUCUUCUCCAUGGGACGCACCAUGACCCAGGAGGAGGUGAAGCAGCUAAUGCAGCAUACUGUCCAGCAGGUUUCUGUCACGCUCAGUCUGGACCAGGACCGGGCCGAGCACCUACUCGUGCACUGCAAGUGGAACGUCGACCUGUUGAUCCAGCGCUACACGGAUGACCCAGACUCCCUGGCGCUGGCCGCCGGUCUGAAGAUUUGCAACCCCCAAUCCCCUCCGAACCCUGUCACUGUCUGCCCCGUGUGUCUGAUCUUGCGGGCUGGCAACAGUGACCCCACACCUAUGCUCUGCUGCAUGCACUAUUGCUGCAGGUCUUGCUGGCAAAAAUACCUGACUGCUCGAAUUGAGCAGAACCUGGUGAUGAACUGUGACUGUCCCAUCAUAGAUUGUCGUGCUCAGCCCACCUCUCAGUUCUUCUAUAACAUCCUUGACAAAGAUACAGUUGCAAAGUAUGAGAACGCCCUCCUACGAGGCUACGUGGAGUGUUGCUCCAACCUGACCUGGUGCACAAAUCCUCAGGGCUGUGACCAGAUCCUGUGCAAGGAGAACAUUGGCAGCAUGGGCACCUGCUCCAAGUGCUGCUGGUCCUCCUGCUUUAGCUGUAACUUCCCUGAGGCUCACUAUCCAGCUAGCUGCAGUCACAUGUCCCAGUGGAUGGAUGAUGGUGGCUAUUAUGAGGGGAUGAGCAUGGAGGCCCAAAGCAAACAUUUGGCCAAACUCAUCUCCAAGCGCUGCCCCAGCUGCCAGGCUCAGAUAGAGAAAAAUGAAGGCUGCUUACACAUGACCUGUGCCAAAUGUAACCAUGGAUUUUGCUGGAGGUGUCUUAAGCCAUGGAAACCAACUCAUAAAGAUUAUUACAACUGUUCGGCCAUGGUGAGCAAAGCUGCAAGGCAAGAAAAGAAAUUCCAGGACUACAAUGAGAGGUGUACUUUCCAUAAUCAGGCCAAGGAUUUUGCCAUCAAUCUGGAAAACAAAGUGUCUUCUAUCAAUGAAGCACUGCAGAUGAAAUCUUUGACAUUUGUCAUUGAUGCCUGCAAGAUUCUUGCUCAAGCUCGCAAGGUGUUGGCCUACUCAUGUGUGUACAGCUAUUACAACCAGGACACUGAAAAGAUGGAUGUCAUGGAACAACAAACUGAAGCUCUAGACCUUCACACUAAUGCCCUGCAGAUCUUGCUUGAGGAGACCCUGCUGCAGUGCACAGACUUGGCAUCCUGUGUCCGGCUACUGAAGCCAGAGCACCUCAAUACUGGCUUGGAGCUUAUUCGCCGCAUACAGGAGCGCCUAGUGGCUAUCCUGCAACACUCUACCCAGGACUUCCGUGUAGGAUAUCAGUCCAAGACUGGGCCAGAUCAGGAGGCUGCACAAGCCUCAAACCUUGCUAACAACACAGACACGAACAAAGAGUCCAAGUCAGAUAGAGGGUCUGAGACUGGAGACUCUGACAACAACAACUACACCGGCGAAGAUGUAGGUGAUGAAGCAGAAGAGGAGGAUGAGUAUGACGAUGAAUACGUCCCAGAAUGGCAUGAAGAUUAUGAUGAAGAAGAAAUUGAUGAGGAUGACUUCUUCUCUGAUGAUGAUGAAUCUGAGAACCUUGAGAGGGACUUUAGUCCUUUUGAUUAAAUAAUGGUUAAUGCCUGGUUAUGUCUAGAUUGAAAGAAAAUGUCUAGGAUUGUGUUUCCCAGUUCCUGGAGGCCCUCAGGAGUAGAUUUCAGAAACAUUGGUCUAGGGAGAAGCAAUUAUACACUACCAACAUCAUACUUGUUUGAGGACAGACAAGCACUUAAAAGUAAAACAUAUUUGCAUUUUUUUUAAAGAAUGUUUUCUGCUUGUCCUCUUAAUUUGAUUUGCCCAAUAUCGAUCAGUAUGUUGCACUUCUGUUUGUUCUUUAUGUGGGUAAUAUUCACUUAAGUUUGCUAUUUUCUAUGCCUCACACUCAUUGCAGAUGAGAUGACCUUUAAUCCAAGGAAGGAUCAGUUUUCAGGAUUAUGACAAUGAAACUUUUUUUUUUUUUUUUUUUUUUUUUUUAAACUAUAGUCCUCUCUUUUUAAUAACCAUACAGCUUUAUUAUACACUUGCAACAGCAAAGAAGGGAUGUGUAUCCAAGUAUUGAAAAAAAACAUCAAGAGAGUCUUUCCUAAGGUUUUGCAUUGAUUUAUUUUCUAAAUUAAUUUGGAUGCCUUCAUCUGCUGUAUUUUUGAAAUCUUUUUCGGUUGCAGUUGAAAAAGAUUAAUACAAAAAUAUUUGCAGAGGCCAAUAUUAUUUGAAGAAAGUUUAACUCAUUAGCAUCUGUGUUUUAAGGGCUCUGUGGAAAGUGAAUGGAAUCUGAACACGGUCUGCAUUGAAAUGGUUAAACAUUUUGGGGCCUGUCGGAAAAGGGUGGCAAAUAAAACAUGAGACUGCUUUAUGAACAUGUUAUGGCAAUAAAUGUUUGAAAGUAUCAUUACACAUAACAUUAUUUGCUAAGCAAAACCUUAUUUUGCUGUUACAUUUUUCCUCAAAAGAAGAUAAAAGUGAUUUUUGGACAUGUUCAUGUGUAUAAAAAUUGAGAUAUCAGAUAUCUUGCACUGUCCAACUUUGAAUCUAUUGUAGGCUGAGAUAUUAUAUAUUAAUGUAUUCUGCUCAUAUAAUGUUCUCCCUCCUAAAAAAAAAGUGCAACUUCGGCUAACUAAAUAAAAUGUUUUUCUUGAA